AUGGAUGGCCCUCAAGAAAACGGUCAUCAGACGCCGCUGUCUGCCAGCCGCAGCAGUAGUAACACCAAUGUCAAUACCAGCACGGAUGUUUCCCAGGAACCUGAUGUCCUGUCCAAUCCUAAGGCUGCCGAGAUCAUCGAAGCAUGCAAAUGGAAAGACAUAAGCCGCCUCCGAUCCCUAGCUGAGGCACCUGGUGGAUUCCUGUCUGAUACAUUACGAAGGCAAGCCUGGCCUAUAGUUCUGGGCCUCGACGCCCCAAUCAGUGAAAAACAGGAUCUAUCAUCGAGCCAAGACGCUUCUGGGGAUUGGAAGCAAUUGCCGCGCCAUCGGGAUGAGGAUCAGGUUCAGCUUGAUGUCAACCGCUCCUUCAUCUACUACCCAAACAAUCAGUCCGAGGCGGAGUUAAGUCUCCGCAAGUCAGAACUCUCAUCUCUCAUCACUGAGGUUCUACGCCGCUACCCUUAUCUAUGCUACUUCCAGGGCUACCACGACAUUUCCCAGGUUCUGCUUCUGGUGCUGGCCCCAGAAUGUCGAGCUCGUGUACUUGCACGGCUAUCGGUUCUGAGGAUACGAGAUUUUAUGCUACCUAGCUUUGGACCGACGACCGCUCAGCUUCGUCUUCUUCCUGACAUCCUGCAUGCGGCUGAUCCGAAGCUCCGGCGACACCUUGCUGGUAUCGAGCCGUACUACGCAUUGGCGGGCACACUGACAAUGUAUGCGCAUAAUAUUGAGACGUACCAAGACAUCGCUCGGCUGUUCGAUGUCUUCCUUGCGCGGGAGCCUGUAUUCACAGUCUAUAUGUUUGCCCAGAUCAUCCUUGAUCGUCGAGGUGAGAUCUUCGAGAUUGACGAGCCCGACAUGCUACACGUUAUUCUUGGCAAAGUGCCUACCAAGAUGGAUCUGGAUGUGCUCAUCAUCAAGUCAGCUGCUCUCUUUGAGCGCUACCCUCCCGAGACUCUAAGUUAUUGGCGUCAAAUUUCCAAAUUCAGUUCUCUCAAGACGGCUCGUGAUAUUGAAGCCAGCACGAAACAAACUAUGGAAGAGGGCGCUGAGCUUUUUGACAAGCAGGUAGAUGAGAUUCACUGGCAAGAGAUGGGUAAUCGCAUCAAGGAGGCUCUUUGGCGUUUCCGUCGACCCGCAAGGACGGUCGGAAUGGCUCUUGUCGUGGGAGCUUUGGCUUUCUACCUUCGACGCAACCCAACCCUUGUCCAUCGUAUGACGUCCUUCUUCAUCCGAUAG